GGCGGAGGGAGAGGGGGGAAGAAUUUCGAUUUUUAAUUACUACCAUUAAAAAAAUCAAAUUUGCAAUUCUUUGGGUGGCCUGAUGGAUUCCCUGAUUGACAGCCGGAAUUGACACUCUGGGUACCUCUUAUCUCGGGCAUUUACGGCAAUUUCUAAUUGCAGGUAGUUUGUGGGGUUUUUUCAGCGCUUUGGCUCGCAUGGGAACCGAGCGAUUACUUCAAGAGGCCCGGGUUAAGUGCAGGCAGGGAGAGAAUUCAAUCCACAUUCAAAUUGCUUCAUUAAAGAGACGCAGCUUUUGUUGCGAAGGAUUUAAAUGGCCACUAGAAAGUUCUUAUUUAUUGUUUUGAGGCGGUUUAUAUAGGGUGCCCCGCGCUCGCCCGGCGCAUGGAGCCGCAGCCUCCCUCUCCCGCUCUCUCCCGCAAGGUGAUGCCGCCGGAGCCGCUGCCCAAGGGAAGCAGCGCCCGUUGCCUGGACCCGCACGCCCGCGCCAUGGUGAACAACCUCAUCUGGCACGUCCGCUGCCUGGAGUGCUCCGUGUGCCGCACCUCGCUGCGGCAGCAGCACAGCUGCUACAUCAAGAACAAGGAGAUCUUCUGCAAGAUGGACUACUUCAGCCGGUUUGGUACAAAGUGUGCCCGCUGCGGCCGGCAGAUCUACGCCAGCGACUGGGUGCGGCGAGCGCGGGGCAAUGCCUACCACCUCGCCUGCUUCGCCUGCUUCUCCUGCAAGCGGCAGCUCUCCACCGGCGAGGAGUUUGGCUUGGUGGAGGAGAAGGUGCUGUGCCGGAUUCACUACGACACCAUGAUCGAGAACCUCAAGCGAGCGGCGGAAAACGGCAACGGGAUCACGCUGGAGGGGGCUGUGCCCUCAGAGCAGGACAGCCAGCCAAAGCCGGCCAAGAGGGCCCGCACCUCCUUCACCGCCGAGCAGCUGCAGGUCAUGCAGGCACAGUUUGCUCAGGACAACAACCCCGACGCACAAACGCUUCAGAAGCUGGCGGACAUGACGGGGCUGAGUCGGAGAGUCAUUCAGGUUUGGUUUCAAAACUGCAGAGCCCGCCAUAAAAAACACACCCCCCAGCACACGGUGCCGCCCUCGGGAGCCCCCCCGUCCCGCAUCCCUUCCUCGCUCUCCGAUGACAUUCACUACUCGCCCUUCAGCAGCCCGGAGCGGGCCCGGAUGGUGACGCUGCACGGAUACAUAGAAAGUCAGGUACAGUGUGGACAAGUGCACUGUAGACUUCCCUACACUGCUCCACCAGUGCACCUCAAAGCAGACAUGGAAGGACCACUAUCUAAUAGGGGUCAUCCUCUUUCAGUACUGACUGCGCGAACUCUUCCUCAUCUGCCCAUGGCGCUACCAGCACCACUGCCCCUCAGCCGCUGAAACGCAGCGUCCGGCCCGAGGCAACUGUUAUCAGUCAUGCAGGAGACACUCAGAUCCAGCAUUCUCAGUUAUUUCCAUUGACCAGCACCUAACAUCCACUAUUAUUUCUCCAGCGACACUCUGUGUAUGUGUGUGUUGAGUGCAGAGUUACAUUUUUCACUUGUUUCUUGUGGACUUGUAGAAUGACCGUGAGUCUCUCCAAGGCAAUGCCAGCCACAGUCAAAAUUAGUGACUCUACUGUGCUUGCAAAUCUUGCUCCCAAACCCAUGGGAAUAUGAACAAACCAGAACGUGCUGAGUCUCGGGGGGGGUCGAUGAUCACCUCUGGGUAUAAAGGAAGGAGGAAUUUACGUGGUUUGGCCUGAUUCUCUUUUUGCACCAGUGAAGCGCUGUCGGUUCCCGGACAUCCCUCCUUAUCUCCACUUGCAUGUGUGAAAUCUGAAAUGGGCUUUUUUGGCUCAGCAACUCGAUAUAUACACAGACCUUCCUGAGCCAAACUCGCGGGUAGCUGAGACUCCACUAAGUGGAAAACACGAUGCCAGCUGGAAAUAGGCAGUUUUUCUUCCUCAAAGUGCUUUAGAAUCACAUGUCCUUUGAUUUACUCUAAGGUAAGUGAAUCUUAGUGUUUUUCCCCCCAUUUUAUAGGAGGGGAAACAGAGAUGUCCUAAACUGAGAGGAACCGUGGGGAUUGGUGGCAGAGCCAGGUUUAGUACCCUGAAGUUUUUGAUUGCUGACUUGUUCUUAGAGCACUGAAUAUCUCUCUCCUCUCACAGCCAUCUACCAAAUCUUUUCUUUUUUUUUUUUUUAAUAUUUUUUUAUUCUUGUUCUUUAUUAACAAGCUACUUUAUUUCCUUGGAGUCACAUUGGGUCACAAAUGGGUGAUUUCAGAAUGUACCUACAUGAAACUCUUAGAUGCUCCAUACUCUGGGACUGGGAAAUCCUCAACGGAAACUGACCGUAAAGGUGUAGAAAUGUUCUGCCCUGGUGUGGACCCCAGUUCAGUGAGUGGACCCAGUGGGGUAGAAAUCAGAGGCUGGUUAAAAAAAGAGGAGAGGCACAGUAAGGCCAGCAGGAGCGGUCGCUAGCUGAGGGGACAGCAGCCUGAUGGCUUGUUCCUUUAUCUGGCAGCACUUCUCUGGUUCCCUCUGCCCUCCUGUUGUUCUCCCUGGCUGGAGCACGGCCGAAGGCACAGCCCGGGAGGACUCAGCAAAGGAAGUGCUCAGCAGCCUGGCCCCAAAUCAGGAAAAAAAAAACUCCAAAAUGAUUCUUCAUUGACGGUAAUAACACAAAGUAAACAAGGAACCUUUGCCAACCCUUCUCAGUUUGCACCGAGCCAAGAGCAGGUCUGUAACAAACCUCUCUCCACGCGAGCACACGGGCCUGUCUCGCUGCUGAGUGUCUGCGCGGCCGCGUUCCCAAGAAUGUGAAAGCCCUACCAUGAGCCACAGUUAGUGCGUAACGUGACCGAGCUGUGCCCGAGGAGCAGAAGACAGCAAUCCAUCCGUUGCAUAACUUGUUUUUAAUCCAGGCUGUAGAUCCACGUGAUUUUUUUUCUCUCUGGGAGAUCCUGGAUCAAUCUCCAAGGCUGGCCGGGUGGACACCGUCCCGCUGGUUCGGCCAGCCUGUGUUGUACACGUGGCAAACCUUCUGGCCGUGGCACCGAGGGCUGGCCACCCUGACCACACAGGGAAUGGCGUGAGGAGACAUGGAUGGCUGCUGAGGUGGCCACCAAGAGCUCUUGGUUUGAGAAGUAACUGAGUACAAGCUUGCAUUGGUAUUUGUUGGAAUAUAUAUAUGCACACGCUUACACACCUCUGUGUGUGUGUGUGUAUAUAUAUAUAUUUUGAGAACAGCGAGAGAAAGAGAGUGAUGGUAAUACCUUGGACAGUUAGGCCAGUAUUUUGUCUAAUUGCAGCCAGCACCUCUGUCCUCAAUUUAAAAUAACAUUUUAAAGGAGGGAGGAAAUUAAGCCUGCAAAGUAUUGUCACCUCCUGACAUGACUGGAACCACCACUGCAGGAGCGUCCUCCUCGGGGAGGGGACAGUCACAGGCUGCUCCCCUUGCAGUCACUUUUCUCCUUGCCUGUAGCAGGGAGCACAGGACAAGGGCUCCCUUUGUUGGGAGUGGUGGAGUGUUUGUAAUCAGGAGGUUGAGGUGGAUCAUGGUGUCCACAGGCAAUAGCCUUGAGGUGCUGGUGGUGGUCAGCAGGGUCACCGGGGCCCAACUUUCUUCUCCGUUUUUGCUCGUGCGUCCUAAUGACUGUUUAGUUGUGGAAUUAGCGGGAUAAACGAGUGGGUAGCUAUUUCAUUUAAGACUGAAGGAGAGACUUUGGGCUGUAGCUUGACCUGACAUCCCACAGUACUUGAGAUUUCCACAGCUCUUUUGUUGAGGGAGAAAAUGGUUUGAUGCGUUUCUUGUCUGUCUCGGCGGUGCAAUGAAAGGGGGAAAAUAGAAAAUGUGUAUCUGCUAAAUAUCAACUUAGUUACUGGUCAAAAAAACCACCACCCCACUUGUGAAAUGUACUGUAUAUCCAUGUUUUUCUAACUGAUGCCACUGACAGGACCCGAGUGCAAAGCAGGGGGCAGGGAGCGUAGGUGCUUCUCUCCAGGGGACCCGUGGGGCGAAGGGCCCCGCAGAGGGGCACCUUCCCCCAUAAGUAGCCAGGAGCAGCUUUGCUAAUUCAGAAAUCAGGCUCUGUUUAUAUUAAGCCCAAAUUGUUUGCAAAAACUGGAAGCAAUUCAGCUUGUGCAGUUUUAGAGCUAAUUAUGUGUAUGGAAAAUACUCAACUGUACCAAGAAUGUAAGAAAUCCUCUAAUUUAUUCAAUACAUUGUUUCACAACAUAUUUCACACUGACUGUUGCCACUGAACCAAACCUUAUCUCAGGUCAUUUGCAUUCAUCUCCUGUCUGUAGAUUAAAAAAAAAAAUAAAAUUAAAAUAAUUCUCAUUUUCUUAGUUUAUUCAGUAAUUGCCAAAUGGGUUCUGGUGCAGCAAUGCAGACUCCAUGUACUAAACUUUUCCAGUUGCUAUUUACAAAACCUUUUGCAGACAAAAAAAUCCAAUGAAGAUAGCCAGUGGAAGGCUUUUCACUCACGUUUAAUAAGGUAACUAAAUAUGGCUAGGCUCUGGAAGUGGAAUGGUUUACAGUUUUAUUACCAAUUCUUUCUUUUUCGGCUCACGCUGGUUAACCCCAAUGCCCGAGCUAAAGGUGCUUACACAACUCACUAGUUGGGACAGGGGAGUGGGAACCAAUCCUGCACUAUCAGUGAUAUAUCUGUAGGAUGCCAACCAUAGACACAUCCGUUUGAUUUCAUCCACCAAUCAUUUUGUUGUAGCAUGUUGCAAUUCUGCAUGUCUUGGCUACAAUGGUUAAAAAAAAAAAAAAAUUCUCUGAAUGAGUGGACAGUCAAGACUAAUAUUUAUUUUAAAAAAGUAAAACUAAAUUGUAAGCACUUUUUUGUAAAACCAAUGUCUGUUUUGUUACAUACUUUUAAUGUUGUGCUUUGUAAAUGUCUUAUUUGUGUAAUAAAUAAAGUUAAUGCAAGUAGAA